UUAACAGCUACCCAUAGAAGAUUUAAAUAGCCUUGUCCAGCCAUCAUUAACAGUCACACUGACAGCCACAGUGCCAGAGUCUACGGAGAACAUUCUUUUGAAAGGAUUCUCUUCUUUUGGUAUGGAAAAUGAAAGAAUUGAAACGGCGCAGCAGUUCUUCUCGUGGUUUGAUCAACUUCAUACACAGAUGGAUCAAGAUGAGGAGACCAAAUACCAGCUGGCCAGGGCAGCUUAUUCUGGAUUCGAAGAGCAGUGUGAUGCCAUACUGAAUGAUGUGAAUUGUGCUCUCCAGCACCUUAAGUCACUGCAGGAACAAUACCUCUUUGUCUCAACCAAAACAGGAACCCUGCACGAAGCCUGCGAGCAGCUGCUAAAAGAGCAGUCGGAGCUCGUGGACCUGGCAGAAAAUGUCCAUCAGAAACUGUCCUAUUUCAUUGAACUGGAAAAUAUUAAUACAAAACUGAAUUCACCUACGCUGUCUGUCAGUAGUGAAAGUUUCAUCCCGAUGCUGAACAAGCUGGAUGACUGCAUAGCCUACGUUUCCUCCCAUCCAAAUUUUAGGGACUACUCUGUAUAUUUGGCAAAGUGCAACCAGUGUCUUUCUAAAGCGGUGCAUCUUAUGAAAACAUACACGGUGAACACCCUGCAGGGCCUCACAAAUCAGUUGAUGAAAAGG